AUGGAAGUAGAAAUGUAUGUAGAAAUACCCAAAGGUAGUUCCAAUAAGUAUGAGUAUAAUCCAAUCACCAAAAAAUUAGCAUUAGAUAGAGUUUUGUCAGUAGCCAUGUAUUAUCCAGAAAAAUAUGGUCUUAUCUUUGGAACUUUGGCACCAGACGGAGAUGAAUUGGAUGUUAUUUGUUUAACUGAGAGAACUGGUGGGGCAGGAGAAUAUAUUAAGGUGCGAAUUAUUGGGGUUUUAAGAAUGAUUGAUAACGGCGAACAAGACGACAAAUUGUUGGCAGUUGACAUUAAUGAGCCUGAACUAAAGCAUAUUCGGAGAUUAGAGGAUAUUCCUGAAUUACGAAAAAAAAAAAUUAAACAUUUUUUUUCUCAUUAUAAAGAUUUAGAAAAUAAAAAAGUACAAGUCGGAGAAUUUGAAGAUCAAGAGCAAGCCGAAAAAUUAUUAAAACAUGUGAGGUUUGUUUACAUUGUUUUAAAGGAAAAAAAUAAAUCAACAAAUAUGUCAGAAAAUAAUAAAAUUAAAAAGUUUAAAUACCCAAUUGGGAAAUGUGAGGCUUUACAAUGCUAUUUAAAAAAAGCAGAUAAAGAGGAUAAAGAACUUGUAGGCUAUAGUUUUCAUAAUAUCCAAAUGGUAGACACAGAAAAAAAUACUGUUAGGCCAACCGGAGAAAGAGAAAAGAUACCUACUUGUUUAAAAUGUUAUCUUUCUGAAAAACCGAUGAUGGAAAAUAGAAUGGCCGAGGAAAAGAUAAGAAAUCCCGGCAUUAUCCCUUAUAAAUGA